AUGAAUAGUGUGGAUGAAACAGUUUACAAUCUUCUCAACCAAAAACCCCAAUGUCUACCAACAUUACCAGAUCCUUCCAAACAUAUUUAUCGAUCAAUCUUUGCGUCAGAUGUCGUACACAAUUACAAUAAACAUAAAUAUUCUCAUCGGACGAUGGGUUUAGCUGUUAUUCCGAAACCCGACCCAUGCCAACCACUUCGCCGACGACAAAACUAUAUUCAAUUACCGGAAAUUAAACCAUUCAUUCGCUCUCAUCGAAUGCCGCCGAUUCCGAAACCAAAUAAAUUACAAUCAAAAUUGUCGAAAGAUCAUGUCCAAGAGAACAUCAUUCAUAUAAAAAACUCACUACCGAAAUGCUCCCGUCGAUACAUCGUUUCAGACCGCAAAGGAAACAAAUUUCUAAUUGAUGGUAGUGGUUUACAAAAAGAAUUUAUUUAUAAAAGAGUUAAUUACGGUCAAAUUCCAUCGUAUCUUCAAGCAUAUAAAGCAUAUCAGCAACCGCCGAGUUGUGAUUCGAAUGAAAAGUCAGCGCAAUUGAUCUCGUCCGAAGAGCAUUUUUCGUUGAUUGAGAGUUUGAGACAACGUCAUCAAGAAGUAUUUACUGAAUAUCAACGUUUACCUCUGCGUCUAGAAAGCAUUUCAUCCCGAGAGAAACAUGCAUUGUUAACCGAGAAAUUGAUUCAAAUUGAACGCGAUCUCGCUUUUCUUGACGAGCACGAGCAAAUCUUCAUUGAUCGACUUCAAAGUUGA